AUGCCUGUCCCACAUACAACCUCCAAAAGCUUCAAACCCAUAGGAACGAUAGCCCUCGGACCGGCAGUAUGUAAAAAGAUCACAUGCACACACGACUCCCUAGCUUUCCUAUCCCCCAACAGCCUGAUUUCCUCACCACACCCUCCAAAAGACGACGUCGACGCCACAGCCCUCUACAUCACCAACCUCUCCCACCAAAUCCUCCGACUCAUCUACAACGAACGGGACUUCACGCACCCGCUCUUACAGAAACAUAUCUGUCCAACGCUAAGCUCAACCCACGAUCCAGACCCGGACUUCCCCAACAAAUCGCAUGCAGACCUCGACUCGCACGUCGCGGAGUGGGUGCAGACGCUCAAAGCCAACCCAUCGUUCGACGUGCAGAUUCUGGAUACGGUGGCGGAGGUCCAGGAGAAUGGGCGGAGGGCGAGGACGUGGUCGUUGAAGAGGGUUGUGGGGCUGCCCGGUGGGUUGUGUAAGGAGUCGGUGUCUUGUGGGAAGUGGGAGAGGAGGGGUUCGACGUGGGUGAUUACGAGUGUGAGUAUGUUGAGGGGGGUGUCGGAGUUUGUGUAA